AUGGCACCCGGCCCAGAGGUUUCGGGUAUUGACAUUUAUGUGCGUAUUAAGCCAGUGCGCAGGCCAUCACCGCGAUUAGUAGUUGACACGAGCGAAAAUAAGAUUGAGUUUAUUAUACCAAGGAAUGAAUCAGCUAGACUUGUGAACAACCAGCGUGAGCACUUCGAGUUCCGAUUUAAUGGUAUUCUCACAGCGGAGGCAAAGCAGGAUGAGGUUUUCGAACGCGUGGCGCGACCGGUGGUUACGGGGGCGAUGGAGGGGUAUAAUGGUACAAUCUUCGCCUAUGGUCAAACCGGGUCCGGGAAGACCUUCACGAUCACCGGUGGGCCCGAGCGCUACGUGGACCGCGGUAUCAUUCCACGGUGCAUUUCCGCCAUCUUCAGCGAGAUCUCAAAGCGCUCCGACCAGCAGUUCACGGUUCAUAUCUCCUAUCUGGGAAUCUACAACAAUGAGGGUUACGACUUGCUGGACGCUGGGCGGGAAAUCAAAGCCAUGGAGGACCUGCAACAGGUGCAUCUGGGCGAGGCGGAAGACGGGACGGUGUCCUACCCCAUGUACCGGGCAAACAACGAGGAGGCGGCGCUGAACCUGUUCUUCACUGGGGAAUACAACCGCACCAUCGGCGAUACACCCAGGAACAUGGCCUCCUCGCGCUCGCACUGCAUUUUCACAAUCCACAUUGAGGGGCGAAAGGUGGGUGAGGACGUGGUUCGGCGAUCCAAAUUGAACCUGGUGGAUCUUGCGGGCUCCGAGCGCGUGUCCAAGACGGGCGUGGACGGCACCACCCUGCGCGAGGCCAAGUACAUCAACUUGUCGCUGCACUACCUGGAGCAGGUUAUCAUUGCGCUGCAGGAGAAGGCCAUGGGCAUGAACAGGUGGGGACUUCAUGGAGCCGGUCUGGAGAUUCAAUUUUGUGCUGUCUGGGCGGACGGCUGGGGCUGA